UCGCGAUACUAACUAUCGAGAACGUUAACAUGAGUUGCGACGUAUUUUUUUAACGACGCAAAGUUAAGUGUUUUAUCAUCAGAUGUGAUAUAAAUAGGGAAUUGAUUACAAAUGUGCAGAUGUAGGAACGUCACUGUAAACAAAACCAGCCCCAAAAUGAAACGCCGCUUACCGCCAGUGAGGGAAGAUAUACCCCAACAUAGUAUGUGCAACAGUGACUUAGUUGUGUAUACUAUGGUGACUGCUACAGCGGUACUCAGCUAUAUCAACAGUCUUAAUGGUGAUUUUGUUCAUGACGAUAUACCUGCUAUAGUGACGAAUAGUGAUGUGACGGGGAGUAGCCUGAAACAGCUGUUUUUGGAUGACUUUUGGGGUACACCGAUGGUUGAUCCGUACAGCCAUAAAUCUUAUAGGCCGCUGACAACACUUUCUUUUAGGUUAAACUACGCGCUAGCGGGGCUAAGACCUUGGUGGUGGCAUGUAUGUAAUGUGGUCCUACACGCGGCUUGCAGCGCACUCGUCGCUCGAACGUGCGUUACCAUAGCUCGAUUGCAGCGGCCAUUUGCUGCGCUUGCUGCUUUAUUAUUCGCUGUACAUCCUAUACAUACAGAAGCGGUGGCAGGUGUGGUUGGCAGAGCGGAUGUACUUGCCUGUAUUUUCUUUCUAUCAUCUUUGUUAGUAUAUCAUAGACCUACUAGUAGCAAGAAGAGUGUAUGCUUGAGUGUGGUGCUGGGAGCUCUAAGUAUGUUGGCUAAGGAGACAGGUGUAACAAUAUUACUUCUCAACCUGGCUAUUGAUUUCUACAGGUGCUGGCCUUUCGUAAAGAGGUCAAUAUGCUCGAUGAAAAUAGAGAAGAAAUGUGCAGGAUUGUCAAUAAGAACAAUUAAAGUCGUCGUGUCCCUCGCAUUGCUGAUCAGCGUUCGACUCGCUCUAUUGCACGGGACGUGGCCUGUUUUCUCGCCCCAAGACAAUCCUACAGCAUUCCACCCGAGUUUCUUUGUACGCCUGAUGACAUUCUGCUAUCUGGCUGCCUUCAAUUGGUGGCUCCUUCUGUGUCCCUGGACCCUGAGUCAUGAUUGGCAGAUGGGCUCGGUGCCUCUGAUCACCAGCAGCUGGGAUCCACGGAACCUACUUACUUGUGCUGCAUUGGGCACUCUUCUUCUACUUUGUUAUCGGUGCUUUACAGAUAUGGAGGUACAAAGGCACUGUCCAGUCUUCGUGGGUCUUCUUUUUCUGGUCAUACCUUUCUUGCCUGCCAGUAACUUGUUGGUCACCGUUGGAUUUGUCAUCGCAGAACGUGUACUUUACAUACCAAGUGUUGGAAGUGUCAUAAUAACUGCGUAUGGUGUCCAACUGAUGUGGUAUUCAAAACCGGGAUCGAAAGUGUUUCUGGUUGUCGGUCUGGUCGUACUGGCAGCUAGUGGGGUGGCCAGGACACACAGACGUAAUGCGGACUGGCGCGACAGGGCUACAUUAUUACGCGCGGACGUUGCAAGCCUGCCACAGAACGCCAAACUUCACUACAACUUGGCAAACUUUCUACGUGAAACAGAGCAGCCCGACUUCGCCAUCAAGCAUUAUAAGGAAGCUUUGAGGUUGUGGCCAACAUACGCCAGCGCCCACAACAACAUUGGGACAUUGGUGGCGGGCACAGACAACGCAGAACACCAUUUUCUUCAAGCGAUAAGAUACAACAAACAACACGUCAACGCUCAUUACAACUUGGGAAAGCUUUACAAAAAAACAGGUCGUAUGGAACAAGCUAUAAGAAUGUUGGAACGGUGUAUCACGUUGCAGCCUCGAUUUAUUCAGGCUCAUGUUGAACUGAUGUCGUUGAAACCAGAAAUAGAAAAAUUGAGCAUUUUGAGAAGACUGGUAGAGCUGGAGCCUAAUAACUGGGAACAUUAUAUUUUAUAUGGAAAUUGGCUUAAGAAUAAAGGUCUUCUAGGUCCAGCAUCCAAGUACUAUUUAGAAGCAACAAGAGUUAGUAUCCGGUCGAAGUCAUUACAACGCUCCGUGCGUGCUGACCUUAUCUCAUUAAGAUCAACAGCACUGGUGUAUCGAGCUUUAGGGCAGAAGUCAAGAAUUUUACAGCUUUUGACACGAUGGCACACAUGGCGAAGAGGGUGGCCUAGUAGCGCUGCCGCUCAUAUGUAUUGGAGAGAUUGGAGACUAAAGAUGGAACUGGAGGGGAGAGUUCAGAUCUAUUCCAGAGCUGUGAAUCCUACAAAAUCAAAAACUUGCUUUGACCACAAGCACCUGGUAGUUGAAGCGGUUAAAGAGAACAUUCCCAUAAAAACCAAGAACAAAGUUAAGAAACAAUUAAGUGAUUGUGAAAAUGUUAACUGUGCGUGUAAUUCUUGUAAUAAAAAAAACCUAUAUCUUUCAACUCAAAUAAAGAAUACUCACAACAAAUCCGAAAUCGGACUAAAAGAUAAAAAAUGCAGACACAGAAAGGAAAAUAAAGAUAGCGAUCUAAUGCCGAAAUUGGGUGCAUUGACUGAACACAUUCUAAUGAAAACUUUUUAAUAUGGACUUAUAGUAAAUACGCUGACAAUAUCGCGAGGUUAAUGUAGAUGUUUUUGAGGUUAGCAAUUUUAUGAAUAGCUCCUAAACUAUAUCAAGCUUUUAAGGAAUUUAAAGUCUACUAAUUGGUAACUUCGAGAGGAGUUUUUAUGUUAUAUAUAUCUAAAUGUUUCAAUAUUGUUUGGUUAUGAAAUUCGUCAUUAUAUCAACGACAGACGUAACUAAACAUACAUUUAAAUCUUUUCUAAUGCACAUACUUUUAAAAAUAAUUCCUAAACGUUCCCGUUUUUUUACGAAUAUUCUAUUAUGAUAUUAUUUUAUUCAUGAAAUAUCUAACCUCUGAACUAUAGAUAGUCAACUAAUUUAGGUAAAGAUUUUGUAGAGAAAGAAAAAGUAUAUUUUUGACAGACGGUUAAGCAUAGACAAUGCACGGUUUUUAUGCUAGUUUAACUAUUUGUAUUGUAUUUAACUCUUUCUCUUACUUUUCCUAUCAAAAAUAGAUGCCAUAAUGUCUAGCAGCGUAUUGCGAAGUGAACUUGUAUGGCCCUUUUAUACUUCACUGAUUUUAUUUUGAAUAAUUUUAUCGUGACUUAAUUACUUUUAAUAUGCACAAUAGUAGUGCGUUGUGCCAUACCCACGGAUUGAUAAAAAUAGCCAUCAAAUGAAAUAAAGUAACAUUUUCUUAGAAUACAAAAAAAAACGUUUUAUGAACGCCAUUUAAAGUUUUAUAAAAAAAUUCUAUCAGAAAUAUUAGUGCAUAAAUUGUUUAUACAAAACAUUGAAUUCAUUAUCAAUAUUGAUUGUAAGAAAAAGAGUUAAGUGAAGGAAUUGAUAAUAAGAGUAGCAUAAGCUUGGCUUUCAGCGCACGUCGGCCGAAAGCUUAUACCUUUGUUAUAACAUAUAUUAUAUAAGUUGUAUAUACUAGGAUAACAAGCACCUGAUAAUGCUUUCAAUGUAAUAAUAAUAAACUUUUUCGACAUA